AUGGAUCCCUCUGUUCAUCACAGCUGACACAUCAAGGCCCAGCACCAUUAUCAGCACCUUCAUCAUUAACAGAGCACAAUAGGAUCAGACUCCGUGAGGAAAGUGGACCAUCAUUCAUUUCUGGAUAAUCCACUGAACUGAACCACUGAUGCACAGUUUCCUCUCCUCCAGGUUUCUUUGUGCAAAGUAUCAAACCUUGGAUUGACCAUGUGUGUUGGCUAUAAACUUAGGUAGUGACAUGACUCAGGUCUGACCCUGGAGAUGCCGAAGAGACGAGACAUUGUCGCCAUUGUGUUGAUCGUGUUGCCUUGGACACUGCUCAUCACUGUUUGGCACCAGAGCACCAUCACUCCACUGCUUGCUACUCGAAAGGGUAAAGAUGACAGGCAUGACGGUCGCUCCAGCUCCAGGAAUACUUUUGCUUUCAAGGAGUCCUGCUCACUGCAGAACCGGGACAUUGUGGAGGUGGUGCGCACUGAGUACGUCUACAGUCGGCCUCCGCCCUGGUCAGACUUCCUGCCCACUAUCCACGUCAUCACUCCCACUUACAGCCGGCCAGUGCAGAAGGCAGAGCUGACACGUCUGGCCAACACCUUGCUCCACGUGCCCAACCUGCACUGGAUCCUGGUGGAGGACUCUCAGAGGAGAACCGCUCUAGUCAGCCGUCUUCUCCUGGAGACAGGUCUCAACUACACCCACCUCAAUGUGGAGACACCUAGGAACUACAAGGUGCGUGGGGACACUAGGGACCCCAGAAUACCACGUGGUACCAUACAGAGAAACCUGGCCCUCCGGUGGCUCCGUGAGACAUUCAGUAUAAAUAACAGCCAGCCUGGGAUUGUCUACUUUGCAGAUGAUGACAACACAUACAGUCUGGAGCUGUUUGAGGAGAUGCGUUUCACCCGAAAGGUGUCAGUGUGGCCAGUGGCUUUUGUGGGUGGCCUUCGGUAUGAGUCCCCUAAAGUAAACACCCUGGGCAAGGUUUACGGCUGGAAGACUGUAUUCGACCCACACAGGCCCUUUGCCAUCGACAUGGCCGGGUUUGCAGUGAACCUGCACCUCAUUGUGUCUAAACCUCAGGCUUAUUUCAAGUUACGUGGAGUGAAGGGAGGAUAUCAGGAGAGCAGUCUAUUAAAGGAGCUGGUGACUCUCAGUGACUUGGAACCUAAAGCUGCUAACUGCACUAAGGUAUUAGUAUGGCACACACGGACAGAGAAGCCUGUGCUGGUAAAUGAGGGCAAGAAAGGAUUUACGGACUCUAACGUGGAGAUAUGACAUACUUCAUCUGACACAGGGGAAGUUUUUCUCCAUGGGAUUCUACCUGGACUCAAACCAACCUCAGAGCUCCUAAGAGUCAGAAAUAUUACCACAGCACAGUAGCUGUACUUCAGCGCAACUUAGAAAUGGAGAACCACCUGUCCACCCCAGGAGGCAGCACAAAGCCAUGUGCGUGUACCCACCAGAGUAUCAAAGCACAACUGCACGAAAACAAGCCUGUGUGUUCUGUUUGGAGCACUGGCCGAUGUGAGACGCUGGUAGGAGUUGCCAAAAGGAGCCCACUGAGGUCUCCUCAGAGAGCUGAGACAAAGGAUGUUAUGCGAUUUAAACUACAGGAAGGGAUGGCACAGCAAGCAAUAAACAGCCCUCUCAGCACAGACAACACCAGCCAACCAUCCAAUCAGCAUUAAAUAGGACCCUUUUGUUCUAAGGCAAGCUGGCUGUCGGGCACAGGGCUGCACAGAGGAAUAAAAGGGGUCCUUGUCAUAAGUGAGUCAGCACUGACUGACAGACUGCGAUGGGGGGAUCUGAGCCCUCCCCACGUCUACUGUACAACACUGAGCUAUUUAGAUAGCACCCUGAACCCAGCACUAAUUAGGACUUCUGUUACUCCUCAACACACAUUCACACAUGCUCAGCUGGCACACUGCACACUAUGAGCACACAGACACACACACACACUCAAAAACACAGAGCAACAAUGUCAUCCCUUACAGUUGUUUACUCCAAGCUUUUGUUUAUUCCUGAUAUGCUGUAACGCUACUGAGCUCUGCUCAUAUUUAAGGGAAGAUUCAGUAUUCCUAGGGGCCUGUUCACUUCACAGGCUUCCUCAUAAGCUAAUCAAAAAACUCACUCAGUGAACUGAAGGUUUCUCAGCAGAAUUAUUUAUUGUUUCAGUGCAACUGGUACCAUUCACUUGUUAGUUGUGAGCUAUGCUUGUGAGAGUCAAUGGGAUAUGAAGUCACUACUCUAAAAACUGGAUGUGCAUCCUUUCAAAUAGCUGUAUUACAAAGUCUAAUUAUUCCCUCCAUGGAUGGCUGGCUUGGAAGUGAUGAUUUCAUACCCCAGUGACUUGCAGGGGCACUGCUUACAAAUGCUAAUUGGUCUCUCAGACUCUGCGACUGUUUAUGGUUUGGUCAGUUAUUGAUGUGAGAAGCAUCUAAAACCUUGAACUUUCACUUUAAGAAAAAGGGUUUGGUGUUGCUACAUUGCUGCUUGUGCUUCAUUUGAAAGCUGUUCACAUCACUUCAGCUUCAGCUUGUGUUGUCCCAUAAACUGUUUUCUUUUUU